AUGCUAAAUAACUUGCGCUCGGCGCGAUUGGCCCUCUGGCUGACCGAGGGGCGGGACGAGAACGGAGCCGUCCGGCGGCGCGUGGGCGGACCCACGCUAAGGACGUCCCCUCGCGCCCUGCGAUUGGUCGCGGCGUUCUCCGGGCGAGAGGAGACUAAAGCGGCGGGACAGGCGCCGGGGUUCGAUGCCGCCGCGCCGCUUGCCAGGAUGAGCCGCGCCGGGGGGAUCCUUCGCUGGAGGAGGGCGAGCGCGCUCCGCUCUUCUCUGCCUAGCGGAGCCCUCGCGGGAGAGCGGCCUCCCUCCGGAGCCGGUAAGCGGGGCAGCUGUUGGAAUUAUUUUUUGGGGGGGGGACCCUAUAAGUGGGGGGCGUCAUUUGAUUGCAUGCUUGGUUGUUCUUAAUAUCAAUUAAAAUUCUGUACCGCACGACGGUCACAGGGCGGUUUGCAAUAUAAAAAGGCAAAAGAUAAACGGCAUAGCAAGAAACGAAAGCGAUACCUUGCUCCCGAUCUGCUGAAAGACUAAGGUAGAAGAACGGAAUCGUAGAACUGUCGAGUUGGAAGGGACCCCCAGGGUCAUCCAGUCCAACCCCCUGCAGUGCAGGAAUCUUUUGCCCAGCGUGGGACUUGAACAGACAACCCUGAGAUAUUAAGAGUCCCAGGCUUUUACCAAGGGAACUGUCCCAGAACUUGGCUGUUUGGCAGGGUGGAGAAACAGGGAGAGGGAGGCGCCCAAGUCCGGGCCGCAGGGAAUAUGUGUGUGAGGAAUCUCAGAGAGUCAUCUAGUCCAACCUUCUGCAAUACAGGAAUCUUUUGGCCCAAUGUGGGGCUUGAACCCACAACCCUGAGAUGAAUAAUAAUUAUAAUAAUAAUUUAUUAUUUAUACCCCGCCCAUCUGGCUGAGUUUCCCCAGCCACUCUGGGCGGCUUCCAAUCGAGUGUUAAAAACAAUACAGCAUUAAAUAUUAAAAACUUCCCUAAACAGAGCUGCCUUCAGAUGUCUUUUAAAGAUAAGAUAGCUGCUUAUUUCCUUCACAUCUGAAGGGAGGGCGUUCCACAGGGCGGGUGCCACUACCAAUAAGGCCCUCUGCCUGGUUCCCUGUAACUUGGCUUCUCACAGUGAGGGAACCGCCAGAAGGCCCUCGGUGCUGGACAUCAGUGUCCGGCCUGUAUGAUGGGGGUGGAGAUGCUCCUUCAGGUAUACAGGAUUGAGGUCAUUUAGGGCUUUGAAGGUCAGCAUGAAGUCUCAUGCUCUACCAACUCUGCUAUCCCAGCAACAGCAGGAGGAGGGGCAAGUUGGUGCCCUUAUUGGGCACACCUGAGGCCGUAGGCCACAUGAGCUGAAGCCUAUGCUGCUGCCCCUUUGGCCUUUCCAUGCUCCAGAGGUGUGGCAGUUGAAAGGCCAGUAGUGUGGGUUGCCUGUGUGAUCUGCCCAGGCGUUGCUUGAUGCUACUAACCCCCAGUGGCUUAGAAGGUGCUUCUUUCUCCCACCGUUGUUAGUCCAGAGCGUGGGAAGCCAACUGGCGUGCAUAGCUUGAAAAAGUGUUUGGUAUCAAAUUCCUUGUCGGUGGCUACUAGUCAGGGUGGCUGCUAUUUAUGCUCUCUCCAGGACCAGAGGCACUAUGAGGGGUGAGGGCUGUUGUGCUCAUGUCCUGCUGCUGUGGGUUCUGGUUGGCCACUGUGGGAACAGGAGGCCGGACUAGAGAGGGAGAGAUGUUUUGUCUGAUCUUGUCGGUUUUGUGGCAUUUGGAGUGUGUGCAAACCAGGGUACACCAGAGAUUUUCUGCAUUCAUGUGCAGGGGUGAGUUUGGGGUUAGGUGCAGCGUUACUGGAAUUGGAUAUGGUGCUGCUGUUCUGUCUUGGACCCGCUUAGGUAACGUACAUUUCAUGGGCAUCUUAGGGCCGUGCGUGAAGCACAAAUACAGUGGUACCUUGGGUUAAGAACUUAAUUUGUUCUGGAGGUCCGUUCUUAACCUGAAACUGUUCUUAACCUGAAGCACCACUUUAGCUAAUGGGGCCUCCUGCUGCUGCCGCGCCACCGGAGCACGAUUUCUGUUCUCAUCCUGAAGCAAGGUUCUUAACCUGAGGUACUAUUUCUGGGUUAGCGGAGUCUGUAACCUGAAGUGUAUGUAACCCGAGGUUACACUGGUUCUCAGUCUCUGUUUUCAAGCUUCUAAUAUUGGCCCCGGUUGGAACUGGAAUACAAGUUUAGGCAGGCUGUAGAUCCAAGCAAGUCUAGCAGUUCUGAAGCAAGUAAUGCUUGCGCAACCCAAACUGAUAAAAAACAACAACCCAUAAAAUCUCAGGGACAGUUCGUCAAAAUGUUAGACUCAGUGACGUGCUGGGGAAUAGGGCUAUCUUUGUACUUCACAGUGUAAAAAUUAUCAGUGACUGCCAAGGUCUUUGUAGGCUGGGGUGGGGGAGUGGGAAGGCUACGAUCUCUAGACCUUCACCUUUUUGAUUAAGUCACGUGUGGUAACUGAUGAUCUUUGGCCUCUGGAUUGUAUUGCUGUCGUGAAGGAGAUAUUUCAAACCAGCAUUGCUGCUGGGGCACAAAGGGGAUGAGAGUAUGAACCCUAUUAUUUGUCAUGGAUAAGCAAGCUGUCAAGGACUUGGAUCAUGGGGGAAAUAUAAAAUACUACAGUGCAAACCCAUGCAAUGCUGUGACUGGUGCCCCCCCCCAAUAUAAUAGGUAGCUUAUUAUCACCAUGAGGUUGUUACAAUAAGUGUAAGGCCCCCUCUAAUUCCUUUGACAUGCAUUUUGUGGGUAUAUUGGAUUCACAGCUGCUUAUCCAAACUGUGCUGAUAACUGCUUAUAGGAACAAUUGUUGCUAUUUUUUAAAUUAACUGGUAGGGUUUGGGAUGCUUAGUAAUAAAGGAGGCACAAGUUCACUUUCCCCUGUUGGCUUGAAAUCACGACAGACGAAUGGUGGGUGUCAAAGGAGAGACGUCUGCCCGGGGCAAGUCCCGGGAACUCUCUUUUACUGAAUAUUACAAACAUUGCCACAGGUGUGCUUGUGGCUGAUUGGCUGAUACAAACACAAAGCAUCUUGUUGCUGAUUGGUUAACAUAGGUACAAGGCGGGCAUUACAUUUUACAUUAAUCAGUGAUAGUUCAAAAGACUGGGAGCGGAGCUGGAACUAGACAGGCAUGAAUCCUCCUAAUUAAAUUGUAACUAAGAUUAAUAUUGAGAGAACAUAACAUGAAGGAAUACAACAAUCACGUUCCGUAAAUGUGGUCAGCAAUGCAUUAAGAACAGGUCAGGAUACACUGUUUCAUGAACUCAAUGGGAACUGUUCAGAACAUUCUCAGACUUAUGUGCAGAGGCAAAAACUUCCCAGAAUGUAAGAGAGAAAAGAAGCAAUAGUGCUCAUAGUGAGCAUAGAAAGAUUUCAUAGUAAGACUUCCCACAAUGCAACAGUUAUGUGCAGUAAGAGAACUGCAGAAAGAGAACUUCACAGUGAGAGAACUGCAGAAAGAAAACUUCCCUUCAUCUCCCCUUUCUUUUCUUGUUUGCGAGGCAUUCCAGGUGGAUAAGGCAGAAAUACUUCGGGAUUAGUGGUGUGCCAGCGAAUGCCCGAAAUAAGCCUGCCAGGGUCGAUGGGACAAAAGUACUUCAGGAUACGUGGUUUGCCAGCGCAUGCCCAAAAUAAAUCCGCCCACAUCUCCCCUAAGGUUUACUGUUGGUGUUGCCAUUUCGCAAUGUAAGCAGCAAGCAGUUUGCUGGGUGGUGGAGGGGGGGAGAGAAGCCGAGAGAAGAGACUCAUGAGGCUAGGAACUCAUUGAAAGAAACAGCAUAGUAAAGUUAAUAAACAUAUUAUAACAAUAGCAUAUUGAAAAAGAUUACGAAGCCAAGUAAGGUUUGGCAACCAAGCGGUAAGCCACUGGGUGAAAGAAUCCCAGAGGCCAGGAAAACCAAUGUCCUGUUUAAUGUGAUGUGUAAGAUUUUGCAAAUGAGAGAUUUGGCUUUGAAUGGCUCUUGAAUUGUCAGUAAUAUUGAAGCAACACAUGUCAUUCACUUGUUCACAGCCAUAAUGAUGAAGCAUGAGCAAAUAGUGAUAGCAGCACGAUUUCAUAAAAGUCCAUUAUAUAGUUCACUGUUCUUUAUUCAAAAGGGGGUUAUAUAAUGUAAAAGUCCAUUUUGUAAAAGGAUUUUGUAAAAGUCCAUUGUGGAGUGCACUGUUCUUUAUUCAAAAGGUGAAGGGCUUGUGAAAUAUAAUUCAGAGUUUUUUGCUGCAUAACAAGCUAAAGAAGUAAUGUUCACACGAUUCCGUACAGCCAAUCCAGGGAUUUCUAAGAGAGAAGCAACUAAUGAGAUAUAUUCAGACCUACUGAGAAGAGAGACAAAAGCAUCACAAUCAUUAGUCAAUUCAAUAUUGCGGUGAUAAAAUGAUGGACAAACGGCUUAAACAGCAAGGUGUGCCAUGGCUGAUGUUUGCUGGAAUGUAAUUAAACGUAUAGCCAGGACACGACCAGAAGAUUUCCAGUUGAGGGGAAGUGCAAGCUUACUCAUUAAAUUGAAUGGUAGCUUGUAAUUGUUGUAGUAAAUCUCUCCCCACAGAUUGAGGUGGAUUUUCAGCACACAGGGCUGGAUGUAAGCAAUGGUUUCAGAGCUAUCAGGCAGAGAGACAGGCAGCCACUGUACGCUUUUGGAAGAGGUUUGGGGGCCACCCACACCCCAGACUGCAGAGGCAGACUCAAGGGGCCACGUGGGGUCCCAGCAACUACUAGAAAUUACAGAAACGUCUGCGCCUGUGUCAAUCAAGCCUUCCAGCUCAAUACCAUUGAUUUUAUACUUACGAAGAAGUUUCUUCUCACCAAUCCUCUGGACUACAGCUAACAGCUGUGGAGGGAAAGAAGAGAGCUCGUGCAAAUUAGUAUCCAUAAUAGAAGCAGUAGGAUGAGAAGGGAGCACCACCAAAUGCGCCCAAGACUCACCCUUUUUAAUUGCAUGGGCAUAUGGCUCCAGAGUUGAACCAUUAUUGUGCCUACAUAGUCAGGAUCCAGAACUCCAGGAAUAACCUGGAUUCCUUCCUUUGCCGCAGAAAAUUUGGGUAAAAUUAAACCUGCGACUUUAGGAGGCAGGGGACCUGCCAAUUGAGUGGGCAUAAGCACAAUUUCACCAGGUAGAACAGAGUCUUUGGUCUCUUGAUUGAUCAAAUCAAUGGCAAAAUCAGAAGGUUUAGCCUUAGAGGCAGCACCAUCCUUGUGUGCCCCCCCGCCAGGGGCUCUGCAUUGCUUGGCAAAAUGGCCUGGGCGCUUGCAAUUAAAGCAGUUACCAGUAGGCUUAGUGGUUGCUUGGAUUGCGCCGGCAAGCAAGGACAUCGCAUGGCUCUGGCUACCGACAUCCGCACAAGCUUGAAUCAUAUCGGCCAGUUCAUAUUUAGGGCGAUGUAUGAUUGACUGUAAAGCUUUCUUGCAAUCAGUGUUUGCGUUUUCAAAGGCCAAUUUCUUCAUCAAUUCAUUUUGAGCAGUGGUGUUAUCAAUCUGCCUAGUGACUGAUUCUUUCAAUCUAUCUAUAAACUGAUGGUAUGGCUCCGAAUGCUGUUGCUUAAUAUUUACAAAGGAGCUCAGCGGUUGCCCAGAAACAGGGACUUUCCGAAAGGCGCGUUGUACACAGGUCGCGGUGCGAACAAAAUGUACAGGUGUCAGUGUUGCUUGGGCAGUUAUAUCAGCAAACUGACCAGCACCAUAAAGUUCAUUGGCAGUAUGUUGAGGAUCAGACAGGGCUGAAGCGCUAUGUUUAAAUUCACUCUCAAACACCACAUACUGAGCAGGGGACAAAAGCAUGCGCAUCAGGUCUUUCCAGUCCUGAGGUAGCAUAAUGUAACCAGUUGCUAUGCCUUCUAGCAUCCCUGUCACAUAAGAGGAUUUCAGACCAGAAUCAGCAAUGGCUUUCCUUAAUUCCCUCAUUACAGAAUAAGGAAGCGAUUCAUAAUAAAUCUGCUGUUGAGCAGUUCCAGGGUUUGAAUAAGAGAUAGGGAAAGCAGACGGCAUUUCACCUGGCCACUCAGACUCCUCCUCUAAGGACAGGAGCCCUUUUUGCCUUGCCAGAGAGAGCGCAGCACGCACAGCUCCUGUAGAGCAAACAGGGGCUGUGGCAGGAGGAGGAGGGAUGGGGGGGGAGGAUGCAGGCUGAGGCGGAGGGAUGGGGGGGGAGGAUGCAGGUUGAGGAGGGUGAGACGCAGGGAGGGAUUGGCUGGGCUGCACAGGAGGAGGAGGUAAAUGGUUCGGGUAAGGGGGGGGAUUGUCUGCGACGGCGAAAAGUGCUGGUGGCGGGCGAGACGCCUGUGGUAAUUUAGCGACGGCAUCAGCACAUCUCUGCCAAGUGAGCAGACAAUGAAUCGGAGCCCUAGGUUCUGCAAAAAGGGUCUUUCCGAUCUUUUGCCAAGUCUCUACGUCCAAAGAUCCUUUUUCAGGAUAGGAGGGAAAUUGGCAAGAUAUCUCACAUAGCAAUUGUUCAAUUUCUUUUAAGGAAAUAUUAACACCCACCUCCCGCUGUCUAACUAAAUAAAGCAACUCUUUAGCAUGCUCUUUCUGGAGCUUAGUCAAGUCCCUCCCAUACUCACGAAGUAGCGCGCUGAGACUUUUCCAGUCGGGUGAAGUAUGAGGUUUGGCUGCGUAAGGGAUCUGGCACGUCGGGGGUCACCAGAUGUUGGGUUGAAAUCACGACAGACGAAUGGUGGGUGUCAAAGGAGAGACGUCUGCCCGGGGCAAGUCCUGGGAACUCUCUUUAUUGAAUAUUACAAACAUUGCCACAGGUGUGCUUGUGGCUGAUUGGCUGAUACAAACACAAAGCAUCUUGUUGCUGAUUGGUUAACAUAGGUACAAGGCGGGCAUUACAUUUUACAUUAAUCAGUGAUAGUUCAAAAGACUGGGAGCGGAGCUGGAACUAGACAGGCAUGAAUCCUCCUAAUUAAAUUGUAACUAAGAUUAAUAUUGAGAGAACAUAACAUGAAGGAAUACAACAAUCACGUUCCGUAAAUGUGGUCAGCAAUGCAUUAAGAACAGGUCAGGAUACACUGUUUCAUGAACUCAAUGGGAACUGUUCAGAACAUUCUCAGACUUAUGUGCAGAGGCAAAAACUUCCCAGAAUGUAAGAGAGAAAGAAGCAAUAGUGCUCAUAGUGAGCAUAGAAAGAUUUCAUAGUAAGACUUCCCACAAUGCAACAGUUAUGUGCAGUAAGAGAACUGCAGAAAGAGAACUUCACAGUGAGAGAACUGCAGAAAGAAAACUUCCCUUCAUUCCCCCAUGAGGGGAAUAAAAUUCACAGACACAAGAAUAACAUUUUCUCUAUAUGUUAACUCUGAGCAAGGAUGGCUAGAGGAGGGGAUGGUUGGGGAAUUGAAAAUAUUGCACACUUACAACUCUAUGCUUCUGUGCUUCAUUCUGCAAGCUGAAUAAGCCGAUAGUGGUGAUCAGCAGGCAAGGUGAACGUGGAAACAGUGGGCCAUAAGCCCCCUUGUUGUAAGGGGGUCUUCUUCCUGCCCCACUGUUUCUGCUCCACUUCCAUGGGGUUUGGUUCUGCUUUGUUUGCUGAUAGCCACUUUUGACAGCAAUCAGGCUGGAACUGAAGGGGUGUGUAUAUAUCACUUUUCCAGUGAUAUAUUAUUAUUUUCCAGGCCAGGUGCACAUUUCUGCAGCUGGAUUGAACCUACCAGCUAUGGACCACUGUGGUUUUUGUUUUUUUGCUUUUCGUGUGACUUCUCUGUUGUCUUCCCCCCAGUUUUGUUCUCAGGCAACAAGAGGCUCCUUUCCACAGCCAAGACCGAACCUCGGAUAUGUAUUGUAGGCAGUGGACCUGCUGGAUUCUACACGGCACAACACCUUCUGAAGGUAAUUGGCAUACUUACAAAGGCUUCUUAUCUCCACUGUGGCUUCUGGAAGCAGGAGCUUAGAUAGCUCAGUCGGUAGAGCACGAGACUCUUAUUCUUAGGGUCACGGGUUCGAGUCCCACAUUGGGCAAAAUAUUCCUGCAUUGCAGGGGGUUGGGCUAGAUGACCUUUGUGGUCCCUUCCAACUCUACUAUUCUAUGACUCUUAUUUGCUGGCAAUGAUUAUCCCUGGAGGGUGAAGAAUUCACUUAAUACAUGUGUUCCAAAUUCUCUCUUUGGGGCUUUGAUGGCUUAUCAUGUGGAAAGGAGGCAACAAAGGACUGCAGUUGCUCACUUUGUUAUAAUACUAUCCAAAGCUUAAUGGUUCCUGAAUGCCUUGGGAGUCAAAUGUUCCGGCUCCCAAACAAUCGAAAACUGGAAGUGAGUGUUCCGGUUUUCUAAAGUUCUUUUGGAAGCCGUAUGUCCGACGGGGUUUCCGCAGCUUCCGAUUGUUUGCAGGAGUUUCCUGCAGCCAGUCGGAAGCUGCGCUUUGGAAGUCAAAUGUUUCAGAAGUCGAACGGACUUCCGGAACUGAUUUUGUUCAACUUCCGAGGUAUGACUCUAUUAAGUGAUAUGAAAAUCCAUAUGGAAUGCAAUCGUGAAGCAAGAAAGAAGGGGGGGGCAGAAAACUCUGCAAAAGAACAACCUUAAAAAAUCCCUUUACGUCUUAAGAUCAUUCAGUAAUGGAACCAGGAACUUUCUAUUAAUUUUACUGUUCAUGCAGCCGACAUGACUACGUAUACAGUGGUACCUCGGGUUACAUACGCUUCAGGUUACAGACUCCGCUAACCCAGAAAUAAUACCUCAGGUUAAGAACUUUGCUUCAGGAUGAGAACAGAAAUUGCACAGCGGCACAGUGGCAGCAGGAGGCCCCAUUAGCUAAAGUGGUGCUUCAGGUUAAGAACAGUUUCAGGAUAAGAACAGACCUCUGGAACGAAUUAAGUACUUAACCUGAGGUACCACUGUAUAGAGUAGAAAAAGACUAAUUAAUUAAUUUGGGAGGGGGUGGAGAAUUGAGCACCUGGGACCCUGCUGUGUCGGCAGUUCUCCACACAGGGCAUUUUGUCACAUUCCAGUGCCGGUUUGCCAAAAUGUGCUAUUCUGUCACCUUUGUUUUGGCUUCACAUCUGCUUUUCCGCUACUCUUAUCAUGAUGCCAAGGCCUCUGUUGGCUAAAGCAGAAAAAAAUGUGCACAAAGGCCCAAGAGACCCAAACAUGCAUAUUGUCUUCCUUUUUGAUCCAUCAUAGCUCUAUUGUGUGCAUGAAACAUACCAGAACUUGGGGGCAUGAUUAAUAUGUAGGCCCAGAUGAGCAAGAACAAGGUUUCUUAGCUCAGUCAGUAGUGCAAAAGAUUCUUAAUUUCAGGGAAGUGGGUUCAAGCCCCACAUUGGGCAAAAGAUUCCUCCCUUGCAGGGGGUUGGACUAGAUGACUCCCAUGGUCCCUUCCAACUCUUGUAGGAUUCUUUUUAAUGUGCUUAAACUGCUGGAGAAGACCUGAGUAGCUGAAAAAACGUUUGGAGAGUUGGCAUUUUAGCUCGUUUCUAUAUUAUUGGGUAUUUUGGUGGCUCUGUUGUAUGUUUGUUAGUGAAACGCUUAGGCAAGCAUUAAAAUACAAAAAACACAUAGUUAUCUAUUUUUGUUUUAGAUUGGAAUGUUUUAGGACCAAUUGCUUUUCCUUGUGGUUUGAUUUAAAACAUUCUGAGGUCCAGCGCCGAGGGCCUUCUGGCGGUUCCCUCAUUGCGAGAAGUGAGGUUAUAGGGAACCAGACAGAGGGCUUUCUGGGUAGUGGCGCCCGCCCUGUGAAAUGCCCUCCCAUCAGAUGUCAAAGAGAAAAACAACUACCAGACUUUUAGAAGACAUCUGAAGGCAGCCCUGUUUAGGGAAGUUUUUAAUAUUUAAUGCUGUAUUGUUUUUAACUCUCGAUAGGAAGCCGCCCAGAGUGGCUGGGGAAACUCAGCCAGAUGGGUGGGGUAUAAAUAAUAAAUUAUUAUUAUUAUUAUUAUUAUUAUUAUUAUUAUUCUGACUGGGUGUCUGUUGAAUAGUACCUGCAAGAUCACAGGCGAUUAGUAGCAUUUCCCCUCUUUGUGUGUGUCUGUGUGUAAGUCACUGAGAAGCAGAUGUAAGGGUUUGCUUCCUGUACCAUGUAAUAGGAUAAAAAACAGCAACAACUACAAUAGCCAUUCCCAAAUAAUAUUUUUAAAAAAUCCAUCCUCAUACAUUAGUGUGAGCAAAAAUGCAAUCCUGUGCAUUUAGGCUCAGUUCCUUGGUACUUACUAUGCCUGUGUAGAUUGCAACCUUCAUCUCUUAACUGGACACUGUUAAUAGCAGGUUUUUGGUGAGCCUCCUUUCGUGGAGGCUCCACAGAUAAUAACAGAGAAAACCCUGCAUUUGUCUAUUCAGAAGUAUGCCCCACUGAAUUCAAUAGGACUUACUCCUGGUUAAGGGUCUACUGCAGAGGGAUUCUAAACUAGAAAAUUUCACACCCACUGUCUGAAAUGCUUAGCAGAUCUUGGCCUUAAGCCUUGCAUGAGAUUGCAAGUUUUGAUGGUAGAGGCGAUUCCUUUGAUUGGGACAACGCUUUGGACCCGAAAAGAGAAAGCAAGCUUCACACAACUUUUUUUUUUUUUGCAAGGGUGAUUAGAUCCAAAUAGUAAAAAGAAAAAAGGAUUUUCUGUGCUUGUGUAUAGCCAGGUCAGGUAGGUUAAUUAGCACAUCAGAGACUCUUGGAGGGAUGGAAAUCUUUCGCUGGAAGGCCGGUUCAGAAUAUGGAAGAGACUGUAAUUGGGAAUAAAGUGUUCUGCUUCUUGCAGUACUGGUUGUGAUGCUAUUAAAUUAGGAUCACUCUUCUCUCUCCCGCCUCCACUGCUAUCCUUUUGAACUUCAAGAGCUCUCUCUCUCUCCCUCUUGGUUGAAAUUGGGAAAACAAUGUUCCUGUUGCUCGCCCUCAGCUGCAAAAUUCGACUGUGAAGGAUAAUCCUGAAAGGCAUAACAAACUGAUCCUGGAAUGGGUGCCAGCAUGUUCAAGGGCAUCGCUCUCCCUGCUCAGGGCGAGCUCUUGACGUGUGAUGCCAGCGUAGCUGAAAAUGUGGGUCUCUGCAAGAGUAGCUCUGGCUUCCCCAGCCUUGUUUUGUGUCCUGCGUUUGUGUCAAGGCUUGUGAAAGUCCUCCGGCAUGGCAGUCCUAAGACUGGCUGGGGAGGAACGUAACAUCAGGUCCUCCACUGCACCCAGACCCUGCUGGCCACAAGGGGUGUCUGCGCAUGUGUGCAUGUGCAUGCAUGCUUCUUUUGCUGCGCUAGCUUCACGUUGGUGCAGCAGAGCAGGGGCAAAUAUCAGCCUCCUCUCUGGGGGUGGAGGAGCAGCUUUGAAUUGCGUUGCCCUGUUCUACUGGCUUUUGCCAGGUACAGUUGGGGCUUGGGCAGGGGCAGACCUCCUGCUCUCCCGCCCCGCUGGAGCCUGGAGGAGGAAUAUCUCUACCUCAUCUUAACCCCCUACAACGGUACUGCUCAUGGAGUUACUACUGUGGCUUCAGAUUGUCAAAAGGAAUUUGCAUGCAUUCCUAUCUUGCCUUAGGAGGCAUUCGCAGGGAGAAAUUCUGUGUGGUGCUAAGCAGAUUGCUCCCGUCACCACAAACAUUUCUGCUUGCCUAAUGGGACAGUUUUUACCCUCUCCUCCCUCCCUCCCUGUUCCGGGGGUUCUGCCAAGGCCAGUGGGGGAGGUGGGGCAAAGGCCCGUUGUGCUAGCAAAGGCCCUUCCAUUUGUGGGGCUUUGUUAGUUGAGUCCUACCCACGAUUUCCACUGCCGACACGUUUUAUCUUCACAACGACCCUGUGGGGUAGGAUGGAGACUUGUGACUGGCCCAAGGUCACCAUGUGAGCUUCGUGGAUGAGUCGGGAUUAGAACCCUUGACUCUCAUGUCUUAGUCCAGCACCCCAACCACUGCGCCACACUGGCUUUCUAAUACGCUGUAAUGCGGGGCCAUGCUGAAUUGCUACAAGCCAACAUUAAAUCUGUCCUCCACAUUUAAAGCUUGUUUUCAGUUGAUUAAAGUCUCACCGCUUCCUCCUGAAGAACCAUAGGGAUGGUAGUUCUGUGAGUGCUGCUCAGAGGAACCCGGAUGGAUCAGACCAGAGAACCAUCCGAUUCUCGCAGUGGCCAGCCAGAUUCCUGUAGGAAACCUGGAAAGAGGACCUGCUCACAAAUGUACUGUCCUUGUCAGCUGGUAAUCAGAAGCAUACUGAUCCCCCAACCCUGAGGACAUGGGAGGGGAAAGGAGAGAGGUAAUGUCCCAUUGCAGGAGUUGAAGUCACUUCCACUUGGGCACAAACAGCUUUUGAAUACAACCCCAUCAUUCCCAGGGUUUUGGGUUUGUUGUUGUUGGAUUCCAUAAUAGCUGUCUGGUGGGAGACAUUUUGUUACCUGGUGGGAAGCAUCUUUAAAUGCAUAGUAUUCUCUAACCGAAUUUUCAAAGUGUGUGCCUACUUUAGAUUCUAGCCCCCUUCCCAGAGUUCCCACUUCUGCUGAAACAAUUGCAGUGUUAAGAUUUACCCCGAAAUCCCCAGGCAAAGGAUGAUCAAAAGCAAAUAAUUUACCAGGUCGUGAGGGAAGUCUCUCCGAGAAACAAUAAUGUCCCCAAAGUUCAAAACCUCGCAUACAUAUUUAUAACUGAAUCGAGGUCUCGUCCCUUUGCCAAUCUGUAUUCCAAUAACAGGCAGCUCUUUGGGUUAGAAGGUGGCAGUUGUGAUGAGCUGUUCUGUAUUGUACUGUUUAGCACGUUCCGGAGCUCAUCCACGAAUGGAUGGUUCCAACUGGUUCACAAGUAUCUGGUAAUUAACUGAGAUCUAUUGUAGUUCCUUUCCUAACAAAGCAACCCUGAGCAUGUUUACUCAGAACAAAUCCCAUUAAGUCUGAUGGGAUUCACUCCCCAGUAUUUGGGACUGCAGCCUGCCGCUUGUUAAAUACACAUUAUGCGGCAAUGAAUAAAGAGCACUAAGAUUUAAGAAAAAGGCAUUACAUUAUUGGAACACGGUGGCUGUGUUUUGGACGUAACACUGAACUAUAGUGUUAGUGUUACGUGAUUGUGCAUCAGGCUCUUUCCUCCUCUAGCACAGUUGCAAGGUGAAGAUCAGAAGCUUUUGCUUCAGUUUCCUACAAGCCGCGGUUGUGUGUUACAGCUAAACCUGGACAAACAGUGGUCAAUCUUAUCUAUGCUUGAGGGAAAGAAGCCAACUUCAAACUGUGGUUUAGGAUCCCGUUUCCUAAGUGGUAGUUAAGUUUAGCCACAGUUCCAGGUUCUGGCAUUACAGAAAACCACAGUAAACUGAAAACAGAAGGGAAAGCUUUCAAGCUCCUCCUUGUGGCUGCAGUAAAGGAGGAGAGAACCCACAUUUCCCUGGUUUAGGCAAGAAGACCUGUUCCGAGAUAAACCUCUGAAAAGUGGAAUGUUUGAAGUUGCUAAUUGUAAUUGAAGUAAAUUGAAAGUGAACACAUAUGGAUGUUGGGUUCUGCUUUGUGAGAACUCCAGACCAGGUGGCUGCAUCGGUCCUGGGAACUCCCAAGAUGGUGUCAGUGCUGACUUGAAGUGGUUAUGCUUUGAUCCCCACCAACUUCAUGGAGCCUUCUAGAUACUGCCAUCAUCCAGCAGAAGAUGUGGGGUUUUUUAAAGGAAGUAAUGUAAUGGGUGGCGUCCACAGCGAUUAGUGAGUAAGUGGACCUCAAAACUGUCUGUUCAAAAAGUAAAAAUAGGAGUUGCAUUAAACUGCUGCAACAGCAGCUGUUGCAUAUGGCCUAUUUCAACUGUAUAAUAGCUUCAGUCAAUUUAAUUUCAACUUUUCCUGUGUCUCCCGCCCCACCGCUAUCAGCUACAUGUGUUAAUCCAACUUAAUUUCCUCCCUAGCACCACAAACUGGCUCAGGUGGAUAUAUAUGAGAAGUUGCCUGUUCCCUUUGGCCUUGUUCGUUUUGGAGUAGCUCCGGACCACCCUGAAGUAAAGGUAAAUAGUAGCUUGGGAACAUCUCUUUCCUUAAAACCAACCUGUGCUUUUCUAGAUAUUGUUAACCUCAAGCUCCUGUCAGUCCCAGUCAGCGUGGCCGACGAUCUGGGAUGGUGGCAGCAGCAACACCUAGAGCAGGGAUGGCUAACCUAUAGUCCUCUGGUUGUUGUGCAACUGCAACUCCCAUUUGCCCCAGCCAGCAUAGCUGAGGGUGAUGGGAAUUGUUGCUAAGCAACACCUGGAGGACCACAAGUUGCCACGCCACUGAUCUAGAGGGGCAUAAGUUCCCCACUCCUGCUUUAAUCACUCUUUUCUUUCUUUUCUUCUGCAUGAAAUGACACAGAUGCCUGUGAGCCAGCCUGGCACUCUGGGCAGGAUUUGGGGUUUGGCUGUGGGGAAGCACAGAUUCACAUCCUUGCUUAGUGGAGUAUUGAACUCUGUUGCCUUGGCCAAGUCGCCAUCUGUCAGCCUCCCUUACCUCACAGGUUGCAGUGAAGCCAAAAUGCUGCCGUGAGCUUCUCCAUAAAAGAGUCGAGACAAAUGUGGAUCCUACAGAGUAGUUAACAAGAAGUAGGAGAGAUCCAGGGCUGAGGGAUCUCAUGCUGAACAGGGAGGAGCCACUUGACCUUUGCAAAAUGGAGAAUUGGAAAAGCUGCGAGCACCUGAGCCGUUUUGCCCUGGCUGCAGGUUUUUUGGGUGUGUGUAUCUUAGGUCAGAGGGAGCAAUAUUCCUCCUUAUGGCAUGAAGAAGCAGGCUUCUUAUGGGAAGAAGCAGGCUAGACCAAUGGCUCCUCUCUCCACCUGCCUAGUAAAGGGAGCUGUACAAGUCACAUAGGUAUUAUAGUGAAAGGAAGAAAUAUCCUAGAGGAAUGAAUUUGGGGCAGGAUGGGUAAGUAAUAGCUAGGAUCCAAUUGCUAAGCUGAAGAGAAAAUCAGAGUAGAUUCUGUCAUUGGUUGAGGGACUAAGGGCUGCUGGGUUGCAUAUAUAUUUGUACUUAAAAGGCAGGGAUGCCCACCUGUCCUGAUCAAAUGAUGCUGCUCAGGUUAUGUAACUUCAAUAAUUGCUAUCUGAAUUUGUCCUCUUCCCUCCACAUUUUUUCCCCUUCACCUUUUGUGCCAUGUCUAUUAGAUUGUGCACCUGCAGGCAAGGACCGUCUUCUGUGGGCAGGUGCUUUAAAAGUGGUAAUACGUGCAGCACUUGCAUUAUUUCCAUGGGUUUAGAUUUCUUCUUUGCACUUCACCUUUUGAUUUUGCAGGAUUUUCAAUGGAAAGCAAUAGUAUGGGUAACUAGAUUUUUGGAGUGGUAAACCCUGAUGUCUGGACAAGGUCGUUGCUAGCCUGCCAUUGUCUAAUUUUUUUUGAUAAAAUGCUUGUAAAUGGAUGGGUGAGAAAGCCCACAUUCCCCCCUGUGAAUACAGCACUUGAAAUCCUCCCCUCCCCCGAUCUUUCUCCUAUGACUAUACGCUGGGGGACGAAAAAUAAAUAAAUGUACCGUUUUAGUGAAACUGUCUGGCCUUGUGCCAGGUCAUAGAUAACAAUGUUGUUUUAAAAUGAGAUGUUCUCGUCGGUUGUCAGAUAAGAGUCUUGGAAGAGGCAGCAAGAUGCUGGCUUAAAUGCUGCAAGGUCUUUGAGGACCUUCAUUGUUCUCUGGCCUGACUCUGGUCUCCUGCCUGGGUGCUGUGGGAGUUCUCUCUGCAAAUGUGGGAACACGACUUCUUCUGACCUCUCCCUUUUGACCUCUUGCAACAGAACGUGAUCAACACCUUUACUCAGACGGCACAUUCCGACCGCUGCUCCUUUUAUGGGAAUGUGACUGUGGGGAAGGACGUAACCGUAGAGGAGCUGCAGAAAGCGUACCAUGCGGUAGUUUUGGUAAGUUUGCUUGGCUCUGGUUUUUAAGCGGGAGAAUCAGUGGCAGGCCUGAUCAGACAUGGGUUUUUCAAAGAUAUAUUGGCAUGGUCAGAGUUGUUGGACUAUGUUUUACCUUAGUCCAGGUGUGCCCACUUCUCACAGUGUCCAUUGCUAGGUCCCUAGUUAUUUUUUUCCUGGGACUGAAACCACAAAGACACAUUUUUAUAUGUGUUAGAAGCCACCCAGAGUGGCUGGGACAACCCAGCCAGAUGGACAGGGGGUUAAAUAAUAAAGUGGUAAAGGUAAAGGGACCCCUGACCAUUAGGUCCAGUCGUGGCCGACUCUGGGGUUGUGGCGCUCAUCUCGCUUUAUUGGCCGAGGGAGCCAGCGUACAGCUUCCGGUUCAUGUGGCCAGCAUGACUAAGCUGCUUCUGUUGAACCAGAACAGUGCACAGAAACGCCGUUUACCUUCCCGCCGGAAUGGUACCUAUUUAUCUAUUUGCACUGCGUGCUUUCAAACUGCUAGGUUGGCAGGAGCAGGGACCAAGCAACGGGAGCUCACCCCGUUGCGGGGAUUUGAACCGCCAACCUUCUGAUCGGCAAGACCUAGGCUCUGUGGUUUAACCCACAGUGCCCUUCAUCUGUAAAGUACUUUACUACUGUAAAGUAGUAGUUGUUAAAUAAUAAAGUUGUUGUUGUUGUUGUUGUUACACUGCCCCCUAGUGACAGGAACCAUUUAAAAUACCCAAAUAGAACCAUUUUGCUUCAGUUCUGACUGUUGGGAACUGGAAAAGCUCCCAGAGUACAAAAAAGUCCCAUGCAGAAGUCGGAAAACAAAUCGCUGGAGGCUUAGAAGUUCAAAAUGCUCAAGCCGUCCAUUACAAUCAGAUAAAUGUGAGUGUGAGAUCUCGGCAAAAGUCCCUUGUAGCACACUAGAACUAAGGGAGAAGUAACAUUGCCGCUCUGCCAGGAUUUUGACAGUUCUAUGGUCAUCGUGGUCUUCCCACCUCCUCCUCUGCUGCAGAUAACAUGAGGGUAAUUUAAGUUGGGGGAAACCCAUCGCAGUGUUGCAGAAUGUUGCCAGCCAUUCCUUCCAGCUGUCCUGCAAAAUGUAUGUGGAUUUCCUCUCUUUCCCCUGCAGAGCUAUGGAGCUGAGGACAAUCGGACCCUGGGGAUACCAGGGGAGGACCUGGCAGGAGUUUAUACAGCCAGAGCCUUCGUGGGGUGGUACAAUGGCCUGCCUGAGAACAGAGACGUAAGGAGGACGUCCCCACCCCCACCCCCGGCAGCCUCUUCAGGCUUUCCACAUGUUCCAGAGAAGCCAUCCAGCUUCAGAUUAGUGGCUGGCUGAAAAGCCUGCAAUUGGAAAAGAUUAGCAGACAUCAAAUUAAAUCCUCCUUAGGAACAUGUGAACAAUUUGCACGUCCGUAAGAGGGGAUUAGCUGGCACCCUCUCUUGGAGGUGCCAUGAGGAAACCUAGAAGGGGCAUUUUUCUGCUUUGGGGAAGAGGGGUGGGUGGGAAGUGGGGGUAUGUCCAGUGGGGUGUUUCCCCCACCUCCCACCCCUGUUUGAGUGUAGGAAAUAAAAGGAUUGGGCUGUCCUAUAACCUGUACGAAAAGCUUUGUUAUCCCAAUAUUGCAUGUGAUGGGGAGGCUUGGGAAUGGUGGCUUGCCUAAGGCUCCCACCUGAGGAGAUUUGAAGUGGGUCCCCCGAACUGGCUGGUCUCUGAGUUAUAUGGGACUAAGUGGCUUCUAUGGUAGAUUUUCUUCAAUUAACCACAUUGGUUGUGAUGCUGGCGACAGCUUUUAGUUGGUCAGAAGAACAGUGGCACCUUUGGAGCACAGAGAAAUGGAGUCCACAGGCCUAUAUCCACAGGCGUGGAAGUUCUGCCAGAGACUGUGAGAGGGAGGCAUGGGAAACUCUUCCAGAGACUUUGAGCGGGGAGGCAUGGGAAGUCCUGCAAGAGAUGGCGAAGGGCAGGCAAAGCAUAACUGCAUAUCCUGAAGAGCUGAUAAUCUCUGCUGUGUAAUAAGACUGAGGGGGAUGGCUGGAGUGCUUGUGGUGAAAAAUCCAUUUCCUUUUGUAGCUGAAACCAGACCUGAGCAGUGAGACGGCUGUGGUCCUGGGACAUGGGAAUGUGGCGCUGGACGUUGCCCGGAUUCUCUUAUCCCCACUUGAAAUCCUUCAGGUAAGUCGAGAACAAGCAACGGAAGUCAGGCGCAGGGGUGUGUGUAAGCCAGUGAAGGCUUUGUGUAAAACUAUACCAGAAAAUCCCAUCUAGAUUAAUGAAGGGCUCUUGCCAUCGAGGUGGAGCUGGGCAGAAUCUAAUUAAAAGCAGCUACAUGGCUACAGCCAGCUUGUUGGAUUCCCGCCUUGCAGAUGAGAGCUGUCCUUCUGCUGCUUAGCUCUGUGGGGAGGUUGUAAUCCUGCAACUGCCACUGAAGGAGUUUGGGGUAGGGAGGUGGCCGGGGGGGGGGCAGUGAUUGAGGGUUCUGAUAGGGUCACAGCCGUGUGUGGUGUUCUGUGUGUGCAUGAGAUGGAUGAGUAAUGAGACACAGACAAAUCAACCCUCGCGUUUCCUUAUGGUGUGUCUGCUUAAAUCCACCAACGGUAGGACUGACACACCGUCACGGGCAAAACGGAUCUCUUUAAAAACAAAACAAAAAACCCCCCUUGCAUUCUUUGCUAUUUAAAUGCAUUAAAUUAUUUUGUUUCUUUGCUUGCAAGAUUCUUUUGUUUCUUUCCUUGCAUGCUGUAUGCCAGUGUGGGUGGCAUACAGUAAAUAGGUUAUCAGCGGCAAUGAAUGGAGCCUAGUGCAGGGGUGCGGAACCGCAGGGCUGAAUGCGGCCCUCCAAGCUUUUCUGCCUGGCCCUUGGCACUCCUCAGCCCACACUCCCCUUUCCCUAAGCCAUGCUCCUCCCUGGCCCUGCUCUGUGCCCACCUCUCGGGAGAUUUUACUGGGCUGGAAUGUGCCCUUGAACUGUAGUAAGAAUAUAUUUUCCUUGCUUGGAGGGAGGAUGCGAUGGGACAUGUCUGGCCACAACCACUGUGGCCCUGGGAAGGUUUCCUACAAAGCAGCAUGGCCCUCGGGAUGAGAGAGAUUCCCCUUCCCUGGCCUAGAGGUUGCCUGCAUUCACUUCUAAGAGUCUUCCAUCCUGUGGGAACUGGAGGAAAGGAUGUCCUUAAAAAAAUAAAAGCAGAAUUGUCCAUCGAGGGAACAGUGCUUGCAUGCAGAAGGGUAGAGGUUUCUUGAGCUGAUGUUCGAAAUGGGAGCAACUCUUGCCACAGUGCGUUCUUCUGGAACCGUCUCCCAUACCUCAGCUGAGCACAAGGUGGCAGUCUGGGUAUGUCUUUCAUGUAUGUUGGUCAGGAAACUCUCCCCCUCCUCCUCCGACCCACGUCCAACUUGGCGCCUUGAGUUUUAUCCACUGCUUCCCUGGUGACUACAGCCAGCCUUUCCUUUGCCUUCCAUCUGGACUAAAUCCACCUGGAGGCGCUGACUGAACUGGAGUUUAUUCAGCCUUGGGCAAGAGGCAUCUGAGCAUCUCUCGGCCCUUUUAUAUCUGGAAAACAUAGACAGUGGAGAAUCCGACGAGCCCUGCUAGGCUUAGACCUGCAGCUUUCCUGCGCUAGUGAAGGAGAGAAAACCGGUCUUGAGCUAACAUGAAUUGGAAGCUCCAGAGAUGCUGCCUGUUGAGGCUUCUCCCUCCACACUCAUGUCGAAUUGUGCUUCUGGCUUUGUUCGGCUGACCUUUCAUCAUGCUGCUGUGCAGCUCUCUGUUCUCCCGCCUCCGCACCGGAAGAUUUCACGUUGAAGCUCAACUAGUUAGGCGAGUCAUUGCAAAAAUGCCUAGAAAGAUCUCCCAUGUGAGCUAUGCAGAUGUCAUUGCCCUGCCCUAAGAAGCUGCCAAACAACAAUAAUAAUAAUUCAUUCAUUCAUUCAUUCAUUCAUUCAUUCAUACCUCACCCAUCUGGCUGGGUUGCCAGAUGUGUUGCCAUGGAUAUGCUGGUUGAUUCUACCUGCAAACAUCUGUCCCUUCUUAGAGACAGGGGAGGGGAGAUCCUGUUGUGCAGGUGGAAGCAUUUGCGCUGAUGGGAUGUCUUCCUUGGGACGCAACCCAUAGUUUCUUAUUGACACAUUGUAUGUCAAUUACAGCUCUUUCUUGUGUAUAAUAUGUGACUGGUCAUCAGAUGAGGACUGGGUUCCUCUGCAACCAUUUGGCCAUUCAUAAGUGACAAAACGACAAAGAACUAGUUUGCUAUUCUAAGCUCAGAAUUUGAUUCCUGAGUUACCAGGUGUGCCCUAUAAAGAAGGCAGCAGGCGGAGUUUCCAGCACGCUCAUGGCUGGUCUGUAAUCUUGAGAAAUGUGUGGAAGGGUGUGGCUCAGAGGUGAAGCAGAAAGUCCCCGUUUCCAUCCUUGGCAUCUCCAGUUAAGAGCUGAGAGAGGCCUCUGCCUUGGAGUGCUGCUGUCCAUCAAUGUUGACCAGGAUUUCUCAAACUUCUCCAGCUGUUUUUUGACUACAAUUCCCAUCACCCUAGCUAGCAGGACCCGUGGUCAGGGAUGAUGGGAACUGUGGUCCAAAAAACAACAACAGCUGCAGACCCAAGUUUGGGAAACCCUGGUGCAGACAGUACUCAGCAAUGUGGACCAGCUGUGUGACUUGGAAUGAUGCAAAUUCCUAUGCUCCCACCCAGGUUAUGCUGUGCUCAAUUCUUCAAAUUUUGAAUGUCAGAUUUGCCUGCGUAGAUGAGCUUAGCGUUGAAGGCGAUUGGGUCGUUCAUGUGAACUGGUGGCUACAUGACUUUCACCCUUGGUCCUCGUGGCCCUGCCUUAACCCUGGAUGGUGCUGUUCUUCCCUUUGUCUAGAAAACUGACAUCACGGAGGAUGCCCUGACAGCCUUGGCCCGCAGCAAAGUCAAGCGGGUGUGCCUUAUCGGUAGGAGGGGACCCCUCCAGGUGGCUUUCACCAUAAAGGUAUGAACAAACAGACACACACGCUUCUUUUGUUUCUCAGUUGAAAGCUCUUCAGGUUCUGUGUCUUCCAGCUCAGUAUAACUAUCACUUCAUCUGGUGUGGCUGAUAUGUUCCAUUGGGUGUAAAAUUGCUGAAGUCACUGAUUAAAGUUUUGGAUGAAGAAUAUCCAAGACAGGCUUGGAUUCGCCACGUUACGGUCUCAAAAGGAACGGAGCGAGAGCUUCUGCACUCCACACCAAAGUUUUGAAGGCGGGAAGAUUGCUCGCAGUUCACAAUUGCAAAAAUGACUGCAAUCUCUGCCUGUUCCUGCUAGGACACACCUGGUUGUGAGGCCAGCCUGCUGGGUAGAAAAGACCCCAAAAUUUGUGGGUGUUUGAAACAUGAGUUUUCUAAGCCUAUAGGCUCUUUAUGGCAGUGGAGUAUAAAUAUAUAUUGAUAAUGGGACUUUUGAAAGCCAAUUUGAUUCUGCUUCCCUGCAUCACACCUGUUUCUGCAACUCGGUGGUGUGGAGUUGUGGCGCAUAAUGGCUCUCUGUCUGACAACCUUCAGGAACUGCGGGAGAUGAUCAACCUACCUAGCGCCCGGCCUUUCCUAGAUCCUGCAGACUUCAAAGACCUUGGAGAGGCUGUUAAAGGUGAGGAAUCAGCCAAAGCUCGUUUCCUAAAUGAAUGUUGCUGCUGCUGUGGCUCGUGAUCUGAAAACCUUUCCUGCUAAUCCCAGCUGGUUGUGGUGUGGCUGAGCAUGGGAAGUGAUGAGCAGAAAGCACUCUGUACAUGGGUAGGGGCACAUCAGAUGCUCUGGGGCCAAGUCCCCAUAUAGAGACGGAGGGGUCCUCCAUUUAGAUGGCAGAGACAUGUGGAUGAUGUUUAUGUUUCGUUCGGCAGCUGGUGCCUUUUUAUAGUUCAAAAAUUACCAUUUGGUGCUGAUGACCAAGGCCAAGUCAACACAGGGUGAUAAUUUGAACCAGUCCUCCUCACCAUACCCAAAUUCCACGGUGGAGGUGUGAGGGUUGCUAUGAGGGUUGAACCAUUGCAAAUGUUUACAGUGCAGAGCCAUACCUCAAGCAGGAGUGGUUUGGUUUAGCAAGCGAAACAUGUCCCCUGUUUUGCCUUUUGUUUCCUGCGGAGAGCCUCUUUUACAAUAAUGAAGUGUGCGCUGUCGGGACGAACGGCAGUGCUCCAAAGGGCAAUGAGCUGCAACAACAGCUGUCUUUAACCUUGAGAUGGCUGAGGGCCAGAGACAGGCAGAAGCUCCUCCUCGCUGGCUGGCUCUCGGGAGCGUGCAGCAAGCUCUGUCCUAAGGCUUCUUCCCUGCACAUCCCGAUCACAAGAACAGGAACAUCAGGGGAGAAGGAGGAGGAGCCCAGAGGGGUAGGCGGCGAAGGAGUUGAUGGAGGGUGCAUUUCAAGGGGGCUGAGUAGAAGAGAGUAGAAGGUUAAGCAUUCUGUUGGCGGGGGGAAACAGAUAAAUGCUGUGUUUGGAAUUCAGUCUCGUAGCUGAGCUGGCCUAAACUGUUUGUCUUUUAAAGUGUUGUCUGUUCAAAUUUUGAAUUCAGCAAGUAAAAUCUGAAACCCUUCAGAUUGGGGGUGGGGAAUGAAUGCUUGUUGCCACCUCACCAAGUGAAUAAUAAUAACAACAACAACAAUUUUGGUAAAAUCACAACCCAAGUUUUUCCUCCCCUUGUAGUGUAGCAAGCUGCGAAGGGCUUGAGCCAGUUCCACCUCCGCUUUUGAUGAAUUGGCAGCCCAAGAUGCAGACUAGACAUGGGAGAAGAUCCGCGAUCAGAUCCCUAGAUGUACGCUUUCUUUAUGUUGAAAUACUGCAUGGGUCUUCCUUACCCCCUCCCCACAAAUCCCACGCCUGGAGGCUAAUAACAGUUUGGGCUGUGGGGCAAUAUAAAUCACUGUGUUAGUGGCAGGGAAAAGAGUUGACCCCUCCUCCUCCUCCUGGGCCCCAAUCCAAUCUCACCUCUACCCCACCCUGCUGCUUUUAAGCAAAGCAAAGGGCCCCGUUGGGGAAAAUCCUAUCACUUCAUGUCUAGUUUGACCUUUACGGAUGCUGACAUGCUUGGGACGCCUUCUGAGAACUGCUGAUGGAGCCCAAUGUAUCGCAUGAGGGCUCCAUUCCUGCUUUAUUUGUGUGUUUCCUUUUGUAGGAAAGUGGCUACCUCGUCAAAGGGGUAAUAGCCCUCCCCACUUAGGCUCCAUUGUUAUAUCCAUGUAGAUGGCUGUUGUGUUUUCUCUCCUUGUGAGAAAAAAGUCUUCUGCUUUGGGCUUCACACGGCAGGUUGAAUCCCCUCGUUGCAAGUGGCUCUGUGGGCAGAGUUGUCCUGUUCCUCAUGUUCUAUUACCGAGCUCAGUGCCAGCUGCCUCAGUUAAUGGAGCCUUAACCCCAAUUUCUCACGUUCUGGUGGCUGGCUGAGUCCCGCAGAUAGUCUUCCACUUUUUCUGAUUACUGUGUAGCAGAGCAAGAUGGUCUCUCUUCCUCCUGCUGGGCCUUCUUCCAUCACCAUCUGAAGUAGCACAACAGGGACCUCUGAUCCCAACAGGGCCGCCCUGUGCUUCUGAAGUGCUUUUGUAAUUUUCAGAUCUCCCCAGACCUAGGAAACGGCUGACGGAGCUGAUGGCCAAAACAGCCUUGGAAGAGCCCGGGGAGGUGGUGUCUGGCCGCUGGCUUUCGGCCUCCAAGGAGUGGAGCCUGAAGUUCUUGUGCAGCCCGCUGGAAGUCUUGCCCACCGCCGACGGGAAGCAGGCCAGAGCCAUCCGAUUGGCUGCCACCAGGUUGGAAGUACGAGCUCCGAAAUUCCUCUCCCGUGGCCCCACCAAGCCUCGUUUCCUUCCCUGCUCCCGCCCCCUUUCGCUCAUCCUGUCUGGCGCUUGGAAUGCCUUGCUGCAUCCAUUUAGCUUUGGAGUUUCCCCCAGGAGCCUUUCGGCAUUAAGUGGAAGACAGCUUUAUUCUCCCAGUCUAAUUAGAGCCACCGGUGUAAACUGCCUGCCGUCUGCAAGCUGAAAUGGCAGCUUCUCGGCAAGCCGGGACGAUGUCUCCCCAAGGAUCCAUUUUCCUCCGAGUGGUACAGAAAGUGUCUCCCCCUCCCACAAUCUCUUUGGUAGCUGGGGUAAGGAGGAUGCCCUCAUAACGCAGCCAGUGCUCACGAGGAGAUCACCAGCAUCCUGGGGAGGCUGAGACCCAAACGGAUGCUGCUUCUGAAAUCUAUUUCAGCUAUGUAAAAGCUUGGAGCAUGAGGCUCUCAGGACAGGGGUGGCGGAGACGCCUAGCCAGGGACACACCUAGCAGUGCUGCUGGGGGCUCUCGGCUCAUGCACCUCUCCAAUAAGCCUGGUUUUUGUGUGUGUGCUGGCAGGACAGGACGUCCCUCCCUAACGCUGUCCUCUGCUCCUCUUUUUCUGCCCCUGAACUGUGCAGGGCUCAGGAGACGCUGCCAAGGCAGUCCCCACUGGAGAUACUGAGGACGUCAUGAGCGGAUUGAUUCUCAGCAGCAUUGGGUACAGGAGCCUCCCGAUUGACCCCGCCGUGCCCUUUGACCCCAAGCGAGGCGUUAUCCCGAACCAGUCGGGCAGAGUUCUCGGGGCACCAGGUUAGUGGACCUGCAGCCAUGUGGAGACUGGCAUUGCAGAGGGUGAGACUGUGUUUCCGACAGGGGUGCUUGUGAGAGCGGCUGGCUGGGAUUCCCAGGGUAAUUUCUACUGAGAGGUUCGUGGCUCCGGCACCGAGGCUUUCUGGGCCAGCUUUGUGGCACCUGCAUGCAUGGGCCUUGGAGUGUCGCUGCUGCAUUUGUCCCCCCUCCCAAUAAUAAUAAUACAGUGGUACCUUGGGUUAAGUACUUAAGUCGUUCUGGAGGUCCAUUCUUAACCUGAAACUGUUCUUAACCUGAGGUACCACUUUAGCUAAUCGGGCCUCCUGUUGUCACCAGCACGCAAUUUCUGUUCUCAUCCUGAGGUAAAUUUCUUAACCCAAGGGUUAAGAACUUCCGGGUUAGUGGAGUCUGUAACCUGAAGCGUCUGUAACCCGAGGUACCACUGUAUUUAUACCCCGCCCAUCUGGCUGGGCUUCCCCAGCCACUCUGGGCGGCUUCCAACAAAAUAUUAAAAUACGGUAAUUUUUCCUGGGGUCAGCAGCAGGUAUUCCAGUUGACCCUGGAGAAAGAGCUGCAGGUUUGCAGCUUCUGCUUGGAGGUGUUCCAUGGGAAGACCUGCGGACACGUGCUUCAUCUGCUCAUUUCCCUUUGCAGGGCUCUACUGCAGCGGCUGGGUGAAGAGGGGCCCCACCGGCGUCAUCAUCACCACGAUGAACGAUAGCUUUGACACAGCCCAGUCUGUGCUGGAGGACCUGCAGUCUGGCGCUCUGGACUUUCCUGAUGCCAAGGAAGGCUUUGGCUCAGUGAGAAGCAUCCUUCAAUCCCGACGUAAGUGUGUUGCUCUGUCUUUCUGUCCAUCCUACUGCGAUUCACACUGGAAUCCUAUAAUAGGACAGGUGACCUUGGCCAAGGUGUGUAUUUUAAUUCUCAUUAGAGAAGCUUGUCACCAGAUUGGCAAUGGUGUCCAUGCAGCUACCUUAAUGACCCAAUAUAUUGCCGAAAGACGCACAGUCCACCGAACAAUGAGACAAGAUUUGGAAAUGUGAGGCUUUAAAUACACAGUUCAAGUGUUGAGGGACAAGAUACAUCUUCUAAUUUUUAAAGAAAUAUGUUAGAUUUUUAAGGCUUUGCCAGGGGACUUGAUUUUUGGGUUCUUGUUUUUUAUCUGUACUUGGUACAUUAUAAGGAUCUUAAGAAAUAAUAAUGCCCUUUGCUGUUGUGUUUCUUUCUAAUCUCUUUCUGGAGCCUUGAGGAUACCUACCGUCAACUUUAUUUUGCUGUUCUCACUUUUAAUGAGAUUUUUUUUGACCCAAACAUCAUGGACAGGAAAUUCAGCCUUCCUCUCCCAGGAACCAAAGACAGGAACUUGGUGUUACUGUGGUUGUUCUCUUCUUUAAGUGUGUAUUUUGAAGUCUUUGCCUAACCUUGCCUCAAGUGCUUUAAGGUGAGCUGUUGUUCAGUGCUUCACUGAAGGGGAGCCGAGGUUGAAAGAACUGGAGCUUGAACUGGGUGUUCAUUCUUACGAUUAGAGACUUUCAUACCUUUCCACACAAAGAGUCUGGUGGUAUUAUUCUUUUUUGCCUGCCGUAAUAGAGGAUUACGUCAGGUUUGUGCUGUGUCGUGUUCAGCAUGUCAGGCAAGCUUUGGGGGCGGGCGAACAAGGUUUGUCUAUGUAAGAGCACUGUCUGUUGCUUACAUAUCUGACUCAAAUAAAAGCCAAGGCAGCAAGCAGGAAGCCAUUGGCAGCUCUUGGGGCCACUUUGCCCAUGGGAAAAUAGUUACCUAGUAUGUAAAAGCAAUUGUUUGUGGACACACAGUUAUGUGAUAGAAACAUGUAUCUAUUAGGACUGGGCAGUAUCUGGUUUUCAACAUCACAAUAUAUUGCCAGCUAAACAUUGUGAUAUAUCGAUAUAUCACAAUGUCUGAAAUAAGGAUGAAACUCUGUAGAGGUGAGCAGUAGGGCUGAGCGAUAUCUGGUUUUCAGCAUCGUGAUAUAUUGCCCGCUAAACAUUGUGAUAUACUGAUAGGGAUGCGGGUGGCGCUGUGGUCUAAACAACUGAGCCUCUUGGGUCAGUGGUUCGAAUCCCUGCAAUGAAGUGAGCUCCUGUUGCUCUGUCCCAGCUUCUGCCAACCUAGCAGUUCAAAAGCAUGCCAGUGCAAGUAGAUAAAUAGGUACCGCUGUGGCGGGAAGGUAAACAGCGUUUCCAUGCGCUCUGGCUUCCAUCACGGUGUUCCGUUGUGCCAGAAGCUGUUUAGUCAUGCUGGCCACAUGACCCGGAAAGCUAUCUGUGGACCAAUGCUGGCUCCCUCGGCCUGAAAGCGAGAUGACUGAACUUAACCGUCCAGAAGUCCUUUGCCUUUUACUUUUAUAUCACAAUGCCUGAAAUAAGGAUGGAGCUACAAAGAGGCAUUGGCUGACUUCACGGUUUUCUCCACAUAUUUUUUUGCAUAGGGCACACACACACAAACAUAUAUCAUGAAUUGUGAUAUAUUGCCAGAUCACAAAUUAUGAAACCGCUAUCAUGUGAUAUAUCACCCAGGCCUAGUGUCUAUUUCGUUUGGUGACCUGGGCAAUUUAAAACUUCCUGCUCUAUUUGAACAUGCAGCAUAAGGGAUGCCCAUGUAACUGUCCACCCACAAAGGUGCAUGCUCACUUUGCUGUGUGGCAGAGAGAUCCAUGCAGGUAAUUUAUUCCUAUGCAAAAAGGAUCCCUGCACUCCCAAGGGUGCAAAGCUAUGGGGUGGUGGUGAUGUGAAAAGCAGUAGCCGUGGCAAGAUUGAGAGGGCAGAAAUGCCAUCUCAAAAGGAACCCAGACGGUUUGACUGCUUCUCAGCGAUGUGCAGAACCUGGGGAAAAAAGACCACAGGAAUACGGCUUUGUUUUUGUGGAGAAACGUUGAAUCGUUUUUGCAGCGAUCCUUCCCCAGUGGGCUUGGGGACGUAGUUUUAAAGCCCAACAGGGUCCUUUGCUGUCAUUAUAUUUAAAUGCUUUCAAUUAACGUGUUCCCUCUAAACCAAUUCAGGCUUUUAAAGCGAACCAAAAAAGAGCUUCAUCCCCUAAGGUAGAGCUGUGCUAUUAUAAGAGCCUUCCAAGAUACAAGUAAUCUCAUUUGACCGGCACUCCUGAGUCUGCCUAGUAAUUGAUGCGGAAGGCUUGUGAGCUUCUGCCGUUUUUGCAUGUGUGAAUUUAUCUGGGAGCAGCAGGUUGAUCUGAUCUGUGCUUUCCCUUUCUGCGGUGAUUAACAGGGAUCCGCCCAGUUUCCUUUUCGGAUUGGGAGAAGAUUGACGCUGCCGAAGUGGCGAGAGGCAAGCUGGCCGGGAAGCCUCGGGAGAAGAUUGUCGACCCGAAGGAAAUGCUAGAAUUGAUCGGUCCCUGA